GUUCUUCCAGCGCACCUUCGUCGUUUUUUACUUUUUCUUUUCUUCUGAUGGGAACAAAACCUUCGUCGUUAAGGCAUAGUAUAUAAAUUGUAAAUCCAGAAUAUGAGUUUAAUAGCUUUACAUUUUAUAUGUUAUUAAGCUGUUGGAAUCCCGACAGUUCUAUAACGUCUAGCCUGAGCGGUGAUUGACAUCUGGCUCUUCCUCGUUCUGUAUUUCUACUUCGUCUUUCGAUACCUACGCUUUCUACUUGGCGUUGGCGCGUGAGUUCAGAUCUGCUCCUCACGGAUCGCGCCUCACGCCGACCUCACAGUACGUUUAUCCGUGCAUCUGAAACAUUUUCGUACUUGAAAAUAUUUAUUUAUGGGAAGAUGUUCCCAAUGUACGGCUUAAACUUGCUGUCAGGUCGGUGUGAGGGGUGCUGUAUCAGGAGCAGAUCCGACCUCGCGCUUCGUUGCCUCCUUUACUGGAAUAUGUCUUCAUCCAAAAGUGGGUCCUACGGAAAUUUCAAAACUGAGGUUCCAUCUGGGGACUCCUCUGACGGAAACCGAAAGAAGCAAACUGCCCUCUUUUCCAUCAUUCUCCAACGAGGUUCUUGUUUGUUGUGUUGGAAUUUGGAUAGGUGGUUAGGAAAUUCUGAGAUAGGAUUGGAGUUUCUCUAAUAGCUUUACAUGUUUGAAUUUGCAUGAACUAUGAUUUUAGAGGCUAUUGUUUGAAUCUUUUGAUGGCUCUGGUGAAACCAGGGAGGUCUAUGCAACCUCUUUAACAGAAGGCUAAUUUUUUUAGGCCCCAAUACUUGAUUGUAAUACUUGUUCGUUGUGCUAUUUUGAGUUGCCAAUUUGGCACAAUGAGACUUGAUUGAGAUUGAUGCUUGUGGAACGCUUGUAUAUCAAAAUUAUCUUUUACAACGUUCAGGUGAAACGUGGUUCUAUUUAUAGCCCUGGAUGCUGAUCUGUAUCCAUUAGAAAAGAAAAGAAAAGAAAAAAAUGUUUCUUUCAAUUUUGUUCAAGAAUGCAAGGUCUGCUCUUGCAUUGGAUGAACUUGGCUUGGAGAUAGCAAGGAUUGCAUUUCCUGCGGCACUGGCUUUAACAGCCGACCCCAUUGCUUCUCUUAUUGAUACAGCAUUCAUUGGCCAAAUAGGUCCAGUGGAGCUUGCUGCUGUGGGAGUUUCUAUUGCUGUGUUUAAUCAAGUAUCAAGGAUUGCAAUUUUCCCAGUUGUCAGUGUCACAACUUCUUUUGUUGCAGAGGAAGAUACUGUUGGAAGAGUAAACAUUGAAGAACUAGAAAAUGAAAAUGUAGAAGUGGAUUUAUCUAUACACAGUGAGAUGAAAGAGUUGAUUCCUCGUUCUGGUUCUGAUCAAAAUGUAUGCAAGUCAGUCUGUAAAAUUGAUGAUAAUUCAAAUAUGUCCAAGUUUGAGCAUGGGAAGAGACAUAUUCCAUCGGCGUCAUCAGCAUUGGUUAUUGGUGGGGUACUUGGUCUCCUUCAAGCCAUAUUCCUAAUUUUUGGAUCGAAACCAAUCUUGAACUUUAUGGGUGUGAAUUCUGAUUCACCUAUGCUUACUCCAGCACGACAGUACUUGACAUUAAGGUCGAUUGGUGCUCCUGCUGUUCUUCUCUCAUUAGCCGUGCAAGGGGUCUUUCGAGGAUUUAAGGAUACAAAAACUCCUUUAUAUGCUACUGUGGCAGGAGAUGUAAUGAAUAUCAUCUUAGACCCAAUACUUAUAUUUGUUUUCCACUUGGGUGUCAGUGGCGCAGCCAUUGCUCAUGUUAUUUCUCAGUACCUAAUUUCAAUAAUACUGUUAUGGAGAUUAAUGGAACAAGUUGACAUCUUACCUCCAAAUAUCAAAGAUUUGCAAUUUAGUAGGUUUCUUAAAAAUGGUUUUCUAUUGCUAGCAAGGGUAAUAGCUGUAACAUUCUGUGUGACCCUAGCAGCAUCAAUGGCUGCACGGCAUGGAUCAACGUCCAUGGCUGCAUUCCAGGUCUGUCUGCAAAUUUGGUUGGCAACAUCUCUUGUUGCUGAUGGAUUAGCUGUUGCUGGACAGGCAAUACUUGCAAGCGCAUUUGCAAAACAUGAUUAUGACAAGGCAAUAGACACUGCUUCCCGUGUAUUGCAGUUAGGCUUGGUGUUAGGGUUGGUGCUUUCUGUAAUCCUUGGAUCUGGCUUGCAUUUUGCAUCUAGAUUUUUUACAAAGGACGUCAAUGUUCUUCACCUUAUAAACAUAGGCAUCCCGUUUGUUGCAGCUACUCAACCUAUCAAUUCUCUAGCUUUUGUUUUUGAUGGAGUGAACUUUGGAGCAUCUGAUUUUGCAUAUACUGCUUACUCCAUGAUUCUUGUAGCCAUUGUGAGCAUCCUCUGCUUAAUUUUUCUCUCCUCGGGCUAUGGCUUCAUCGGAAUUUGGGUAGCUUUGACCAUCUACAUGAGUCUACGGGCAUUUGCUGGCUUUGGGAGAAUUGGAACUGCUACAGGACCUUGGAGGUUUCUCAGGAGCUAAUUAUUGCUCUGUAUUGUUCAUAGUUGGGAUAUGUGGGCCUCGAUAUCUUUUUUGAUGGAUUAUCUAAUAUCUUCCCUAUGGCUCUUCUUAUAUUUAAUUUAUUUUUGCCUUUCUUUCCAGAAUCUUCUUGUAUUGAAUGUAUUUCCAUUGCCCUCCUUUUCAGAAUGUUUUUUAUGCAUUGAAUGACUCAAACAUCCAGAAAACUACUACAUUUGAUGUACAUGUACAGAAAUAGAGAUUGCUCAUGCUAAUAGAUGCUUAGUUUAUCGGA